GCAAGCUCCAGAGUCCAGACCACCAUGGAUGUUCAGCAAGUCUUUCACAUGACUGGAGGCAUUGGCCACAGUAGCUAUGCAAGAAACUCUUCUUUACAAAAGAAGGCUUCUGAUAUGGUGAAGGACAUGACCUUAGAAGCAGUCCAAGAACUUUACCUUACUACAGCUCCACAAAGCCUAGGCAUAGCUGAUCUGGGUUGCUCGUCAGGACCCAACACCUUGUCAAUCAUGAAAGAAAUCAUUGAAGUAGUCCAAGGAACAAGUAGAAAAGCCUUCCACACAGAACCAGAAAUCAGAGUGUACCUUAAUGAUCUUCCCACCAAUGACUUCAACUCAAUCUUUAAGUCCUUGCCAGAGUUCUCAAGGGACUUCAACAAAGAAGUAAACAGAGGCUCUCCUUCCAUUUACAUAGGAGGUUAUCCUGGCUCAUUUUAUGGGAGGCUUUUCCCCAACAAAUCCUUGCACUUUGUUUAUUCAUCAUACAGUUUACACUGGCUGUCUAGGGUUCCUCCAGCUAUCUACUCGGAGCAAGGGAAGUCCAUAAACAAAGGCAGUGUAUACAUUUCUGAAUCAAGCCCUCUUGUAGUGGCUGAUGCAUACUUGAAGCAAUUUCAGGAGGACUUCACCUUGUUUCUUCAGUCAAGGUCUGAUGAGGUGAUUUCAGGAGGAAGAAUGGUGCUGAUCUUGUUGGGUAGAAGGGGUCCAGAUCAUGUGGACAGAGGCAACUCUUUCUUCUGGGAGCUUCUAUAUCGAUGUAUUGCCAUUUUGGUGUCCAAGGGAGAAGUUGACGAGGAAAAGCUUGAUUCAUAUGAUGUGCAUUUCUAUGCUCCAUCCAGAGAUGAAGUAGAAGAUGAAGUGAGGAAAGAGGGUUCUUUUGAAUUGGACAGGUUCGAGAUGUUUGAAUUAGAGAGGGAUCAUCACAAGGACAAUCAGAGCUAUGCAACAAGUGUUGCAAUGACUGUAAGGGCUAUUCAAGAAUCCAUGAUUAGCCAACAUUUUGGAGAAGAAAUCUUGGACAAUUUGUUUGAGAACUAUAGGAGAUUGGUAGGAGAAGAAAUUGCUAAAGAAGACAUUAAGCCUACUACGUUUGGGAUUGUACUUAGAAAACUAUAAUGGUAGCAUUGACUUAUAGCAAUGCCUCAUGAUUGUCAUUUUGCUCUUCCAUCAUUCUAAUUAAAUCCAGGAAAGCUUCUUGUUUGCA